AGUGAGUCGUGCGUCGAGUCACGGGAGAGGUUUAUUUAAAGCUUCUGACGUGCAUGUGUACGAUUGCGCGCGCAAUGAAUCAGGCCCCAGUGUCGUGUAUUCCAGCGGGGAAGAUGUCAAAAGCGAAGAAGGUGCUCGACGAGGCCCGCGAGAUCCAGAACCCGGAGUUGGAUCUCGCGGAUAAGAGUAUCUCAACGUUCGAGGAGAUGCCCGGAUUGCUUAAUAUGAUUAAUAUCACAAGGUUGACACUGAGUCAUAAUAAAAUUCAAGCUGUACCACCGGGCCUUGCUAAUCUAAUCAACUUGGAGAUACUGAACCUGUUCAAUAAUCACAUAACUGAGCUUCCAAUUUCAUUGUCGCAGAUGCCAAAGUUACGGAUUCUUAAUGUUGGGAUGAACAAAUUGGAUGUACUUCCGCGUGGAUUUGGUGCUUUUCCAGUAUUAGAGGUCUUAGAUCUAACGUAUAACAAUUUAAGCGAGAAGAAUUUGCCAGGGAACUUUUUCAUGAUGGAGACAUUGAGAGCACUGUAUUUGGCUGACAAUGAUUUUGAAUAUUUACCUCCAGAAAUUGGGCAACUAAAGAAUUUACAAAUUCUUGUACUGAGAGAAAAUGAUUUGAUUGAGUUGCCAAAAGAAAUCGGAGAAUUGACGCGACUCAGAGAGUUACACAUUCAAGGGAACCGACUAACAGUCCUACCUCCAGAAAUAGGAAAUUUGGACUUGGUGAGUAACAAGGCAGUGUUUCGAAUGGAAUUUAAUCCGUGGGUAACACCGAUCGGCGAUCAAUUGCAAGUUGGCAUUUCUCACGUUAUAGAUUACAUACGUUCUGAAACGUAUAGGUACGUGUAUAAUCGACACCAAAGCGCCAAAGGGCCACCGCCGCCGAUAGAAAACGACAAGAGUAAGAAAAUAUCCCGCGUUCGUUAAAACAGGAACAAAAAUAUUU